AUGCAAAGACGGGGGAAAAAAGACGACAGGGUAAAGAAGUACAAGAUAAACGAUAAAAUAGGGGGCCAAGCCAAUCAAGAAUACUGGCUCGAAAGGCUACCCGCUGCGACAGGGGGGUCGCAGAAAUGGCAAUACAGCGAGGAAGGCGCGGCUGUCACACUGGGACGAGGCAAGGCAGGAACAGAGCGUGAGACGGGCAGGGGCAGCCGGUUUGGGGACGGCUCUUUUGGGAAAGUGCAGAGAUGGCAGGACAAACUGACCGUACAGAAUCAGCAGGAGCGAUGUGCGUUCAGGCAAGAGCGAUUGGGGUGCAGUGGUCAGCCGUUUGUGGUGCUCACAAUGACAGAGUGGGUUGCAAUGGAGCGAAAAGACGGCAAUGAGGGUGUGACCAGGCGAGUUAGUGCCAAGUGGGGAAGUGCCGUCAUUGCCAUUUGGGGCCAGCUUACUGAACUGCUUAUGUGCGGCAUUGGCACGCGAGCUGCUUCCGGCAGGCGCAGACGAGAGGAUGGUAGUGGUAUCGAUGGAAAACGAAAGGCGAGGCAAGAGCGAAAUCGUGGGAGAUUGAUGUACUGGAAGGAACAUGAUGAAUCCGGAAGGACCCCGAGGAGGACGGGGAACCGCUUUGGCUCCUGCGGUGCAUUUCUGCUUUCGCUUGCAACCACCACCGCCGCUAUCUGCUCUCGCGACAUUGCCGGCAUACAAUUUGCACCCGACCGUCUUAUGCUGACCCGCCGCCUGGCACCCCGCCGCCUGCUCGGCCUCCGCACACAGGCCACCAUGGCCCAGCCUCGAUCCACGCCGGUGGAGGACUUGAUCCGAGAAAGACUCGCCCCGUUGAACCCGACACGCCUUGACAUCUUCAACGACUCGCAACUGCACGCCCACCAUGCUCCCAUGCAGGGCAAGGAACAGACGGGCGAGACGCAUUUCCGGCUGGUCAUCACGACGGCCGCGUUCGAGGACAAGCGCCAGCCUGCACGUCACCGGAUGGUGUAUGCGCUCCUGGACGACGAGAUGAAGCGGGACGGCGGCAUACACGCACUGCAGUUGCGCACCAUGACACCUGCGGAGGAGGCGGCGAAAGAGGCGGCCAAGGCCAAGACAGGAGCAGACGCCGUGGGCUGCGGCAAGGACCAGGCAUAG